AUGACUAAAGCAGUUAGAUCGAAUGAAAGUCAGAAAUUAACCACCAACCAAGAGAAGAAGAAGAAGAAGAAGAAGAAGCUCCUCCUUAGCCGAAACUACUCCCUCUACACUCACCGAGUGCUCAAAGAGGUGAUCCCCAACCAAGGUCUCACAUACAAAACCACUGAAAUCAUGAACUCCAUGAUCAAUAACAUCCUCGAGCGCAUCGCUGAGGAGGCCGGCAACCUCCUCUGCUACAAGAGACAUUUAACGCUGGGCCACCAGGAUAUCCAGAUGGCAGUUUAUAGGCUGCUGCCAGAUGAGCUGGCCAAGCAUGCUGUGGCUUUUGGCACGAGGGCUGUAACAACUUAUAAUGACUCCAAAUAA